AUGGUCGGAGAUGCUACGAGGACGCUUCCUUCGUACGAGGGCCAGACGGUGGCAGUGGCGGUCUUGCGGCAGAAACAACAAUGGCAGGUGACAUUGCUAAUGCCCAAGGGGCGGCAAUCAGCGUUACCCCAGAGAGGCGCAGGGUCUCGCAAGCGCAAUACGAGGGCUUACAUAGGCGAAAGGCACUCAGUAUUGCAUGCAAGUACAGUUAUCUGCGGGCAUGGCAACAGUAGGAGCGCUAGCCAGACGGGUGUGGCACAACCCCGAGUGGGGAACGGUAUGACGAUGGGCUGGGUCGUGAAUUUGUUCCACCAAUUUCGAUGA